AAAAAAAAAAAAAGGAGGAUUUGUCAUCAAAAUUCUCAAUUUAUUUAUUGAAAAACACAAAUACGUAUCUUAUUAACUGUAGAAUUAAAAUUGUAAACUGUGAAAGAUUACACAUCCACAAUGCAAGAUACUAGGCCUGAGUUGUAUGAGGAAGUGAAACUGUACAGAAAUGCCAGAGAACGUGAAAAGCACGACAACAUGGCCGAGCUAUAUGCCGUAGUAAGCACUCUCCAGCACUUAGAGAAGGCGUACAUGCGUGACUGCGUGCGCGCUCAGGAAUACACGGCCGCGUGCAGCCGGCUGCUCGUGCAAUACCGCGUGGCGUGGAAGCAGGUGCAGUCCGAUGAGUUCCCUACGAUUGAUGCCUUCGUUGCUAAGUUCCGGCUGGACUGCCCAGCUGCUCUGGAGCGGAUACGCGAGAACAAACCCAACCUGAUCAAGGAUGACAAAGGAAACACCAACAAGUACAUCGCUGAAAUUGUAUCUCUAUUCAUCACACUGAUGGACAAACUGCGUCUCGAGUUUCGUGCAAUGGACAUGAUCCAACCAGAGUUGCGAGACCUCCGCGACACCAUGGACCGCCUCGCUAUGCUACCGGAUAACUUCGAGGGGAAGCUCAAGGUACAAGAAUGGCUGGACAAGCUGUCAGAGAUGUCGGCGUCAGACGAGCUGUCGGAAUCCCAGGUGCGACAGCUGGUGUUCGACCUCGAGUCUUCAUACGGGGCGUUCAACAAGUUCUUGCACAAGGAUUGAGAACCAGAGAUGGAGUGCUCAAAAGUGUUGUGUCACUAUCUCAAGUAGCUGUUAUACACUUCACUGUUUAUACAAUAUUUAACUUAAUGCUUUUGUAAAUUACACGAAUUAUUUCCUUUUCAUACCAAAUGUGGUUAUGAGAAGACUUUAGUCCCAGUGAGGGGGCUUGUGAUUUUAUAUUUUAAUAAAAAAAACUGUAUGUCACUGGAAAGGCAAAAGAUUAAUUACGUAACACAACACAAGGCCAUUUGAGAAAAACCCAUAUCAAGCAAAAUAUAAUCCAAAAUGAAAUGAAUGAAUAAACACAUUAUUGCACACAAACACGAAACAGGUACUUAUACAAGGAAAAAUUAAAAACUAAAUGUGGGCUAAGUCGGCCUUAUCGCUAAAACCGAUCUCUUCCAGACAACCUUCGGUUGAGGAUGGAAUGCUAUUUAAGAUAUUUUCCUAUUCAAUUUAAAAACCUGACCUGCAAAGGCGCCACACUAUCGUAGCAACCACACAAAGUGUUGCCAUUUUAUAAAAAAAAUAUAUUGAAUAUAUUAAUACGGUAGUUUCCAACUAGUCGAAUACUACUUUUUACCAAUCGUCAAGACACGAAAUGGGACGUCAUAGAAACACGUGACAAAAUGUCGCACUUAUUAUUACAUUUUUUCUUUUUUAAAAUUCAGUUUUUUGUCUGUCUUUAUUUUGUAAUCAGAACUUCAUAAUUUAUCUUUGACCUAGGACACUAGCCAAUUAUUAUUCCGCAAACAAGCCCUCUUGCAAAAUGGACCUAUAAUUAUAAUCACCUAAAUUGUUGUGGAACCUAUUUAUAUUAAAUCUCACAUAAUUUAGAGACAAUACGGUACAUACCAUAAUGUUAAUGUUAUUAUUAAUAAGUUAUAUUAAAUUACAUUUUAUAUGGCAACAUAA